AUGUUCACCAACCAGAUCGGAAUGGGGAACACUCUCACCACUGUCGGCGUCAUCGGAGAAUCUUUCGGCCUCAACAACCAGGGCCAGCUGUCCUGGCUGAUUGCUGGCUAUAGUCUGACCACUGGCACAUUCAUCCUCAUUAGCGGCCGACUGGGAGAUGACUUGGUUUUCCCUGUGAUCCCAUCCGGUUUGACCUCAGCCCUUGCCGUGGGUAAGUUGCUCGGCAAGAUUCCCGCUUCGUGGAUCAUGGUCAUUGGACAAGUCGCCUAUCUCGUUGGAUCCAUCCUUGCAGCUGCUCGACCGGUGGACUCAAUUUAUUGGACUUACUGCUUCUUCAGCGUCCUCAUCAUCACCAUUGGUAUGGACACCUCCUUCGCUUCAGCCACGAUCAUCUUUUCAAACGCCGUUCCCCAACGAUACCAGGGUAUGGGCGCAAGAAUAGACAUGACCGUGGUCAACUAUAGCAUAUCGCUUGGCCUCGGCUUCGCCGGUACCGUCGAAACCAAUAUCAACCAUGGCGGAUUGACCAGGUCUGACAUGCUUCUCGGCUACCGUGGUGCUCUGUGGUUUGCAGUUGGAUUGGCCGGGCUUAGUUUGGUCCUUGUCUCUUGUUCGUUGAGCACUGGAAGAGCAGAUCUAAAGCCUGAGCCCCAAAAUUUCUAA